GAAGUGAGCCGGUCAGUACCGUUUGGGUCAGUGUUUAGCAGCCGUCGAUAACGGAAAGAUGGGCAAAUUUCCGUACAUUACCGUCUAAAGCCGAGUGCGAGUUUCAAUGUUGUGUGGUCGUCGUCGGUGCUUCUGGUGCUAGUUUGCUAGAUGCACUUUGCAAACCGGCUACUAACAGGUAGCAAUAGUGUGUCCAUUCCCACCCAACUUCUCUCCAGCCUUCCCGAAUCCGAUCGACCGGAAAGACCGCUUAGCUGAGCGCGAUAGUACACGGUUUGCGUUGGGAGCAGCCACACCGUGCGUAGUUUUAGCAAAUAAAUAAGCGCUGUGAAUUCACGUGAAGUGAGAUCUUACCCCCUGCGGUGGUUUGUAAUUUGUGAGCAGGAAAGCGAAGAUAGUAAGACGAAGCCACGUGUUAGUGGGCCUACGACGGAACGAUGACCACACGGAUAUUCAACAUCGUCGUCGUCGGGGAUGGUGCGGUCGGUAAGACCUGCCUGCUGCACGCCUACACGGAUAAGUCAUUCAAAAACUUCUACGAACCGACGAUAUACGAUAAGGAAUCAAUUGAAAUGAUACUCGAUGGGCAGAAGUACACCAUACAGCUGCACGAUACGGCCGGCCAGGAGGAGUACGACAAAAUCAGGCAGCAGUUUUACAAACGGGCCGAUUGUUUCCUCCUGUGCUACAGCAUCGACAACAGGGUGUCGUUCGAGAACGCGUCCACAAAAUGGAUCCCGGAGAUCAAAACUAACCCGCCCGUCCCAAUCGUACUGCUCGGCACCAAGCUGGACAACCGCAAAGGGAAAAACAACGAAGUGUCGACGGGGGAGGGCGACCGGUUGAAGCGCGCAAUAAACGCCAACUCGUUCGUGGAGUGCUCGGCGAAGGAUUACCGCAACGUGGAGCUGGCGAUAGAGGAAGGUGUGCGCGCCUGCCUGAUGGGUGUACCGGAACCGGAGCCGGAAGAUAGUUGGGCCUGCUGCAAGGACGCUCUACGAUGGUUUUAAAAUGCAUUUGUGCCACAAACGCCACAAUCAAAACCAAGCCAGUCGCGCUACUGCUCUAUUUAUCUAUUGCUAGUUCUCUCACGUAACCCUUCAUUGCCGGUGUGCCCGGUAACGGAAGGCACAAUUGUAAAAGGCCGCGUACACGAGAUAGUUUUACACAUUUCGAGUUGUUUCACUGAAUUUAUUAUUAGUUUCUUUCCUUUUUUUCUCUUUCCCUAACCUAAACAAGAGUCCGUAGUAUGUACACAUAGAGCCGUGUUCGGUAUAUGUUCAGUCCGUUGUAAUGUAAUCGACAACUGCGCCUAAUUCAUUCGUCUAGUUUUCUUCCUCUCUGACGGGGCGAUAUUGAUUCCCCGCGGGAACAGGAUUGUAAGGGAAUUUAAUUCAAACUCAAAACUUAACUUAAGUCACACGCGCACACACACAUUAUCAAGCUGCUCUAAUUCACAGCACAGCAACCACCGAAUAAUAGAAAGCGGGAUAAGGAUUCCGCCGAAAGAAAUGCAUCCAACCAAAAUGGUUGGAAAACUAAUAAAGUUAACAGUAUCAAACGUCUUCUAUAUAGAACUGAAUCAUGUACUAAUAUUCGUGAGGUAAAACGUAUCCUGAUUUAGCAACAUGUAAUGGCAUUGGAAAGUUUUAGAAAGUAAAUCAGUAAAUGAAAGUUCAAUUUUUCUAAUCUAAGAUGAAAUUAUAGUUCAAAUGGCAAAAAAAAAACACAAAAGCAAACAUCGGGAAUUAAUUAAAAGAUAAUCAAACGCCUUUCUAAAACAUUUAAACCGCAACAUAAAAAGAAAGCUUAUCAACAGUAACUAACUUCAGCUGUUGGAAAAGUCA